AAUACAAAAGAAGCAACACCUGAAGAAAUCUGAUCAGGAAGGAAGGAAGGAGAAAAGAAGAUCGAAGAUUGAAAUGGCAGCCUCAGUGAUGAGCUCAUUGAGCUUGAAACCAUCUCCUUUCAGUGUUGAGAGGAGAGCAGUCAGAGGCCUGCCUUCUCUUGCCAGAAGCUCCUCUUCCUUCAGGGUUGAGGCCAGUGGUGGCAAGAAGAUCAAAACUGACAAGCCUUAUGGAAUUGGAGGUGGCAUGAAAUUGGCUGAGGGACUUGACGCAUCUGGCAGAAAGGGCAAGGGAAAGGGAGUCUACCAAUUCGUCGAUAAAUACGGUGCCAACGUGGAUGGAUACAGUCCAAUCUACAGUCCUGAAGAAUGGUCUCCAGGUGGUGAUGUGUAUGUUGGUGGUACCACAGGAUUAUUGAUUUGGGCAGUGACCCUAGCAGGGCUUCUACUUGGGGGUGCUCUUCUUGUGUAUAACACAAGUGCUUUGGCACAGUAGCCUAUUCUUAUUGUAAUCUAAUGCUUUUAUUUCAACUCUUCAAAACUACAUACUUUCCUUUGUGCAUUAAAACUUGUAAUAUUUUUAUUAUGUAUGGAUAAUUCUACUUCUAAAUUACUUUUUA